UUUGCGAUGAACGACGAAAUGCCCUAUAAUAACGAGAACUUUUAUCCACUUGAUGGGGACCAAAGGAUGGCAUUCAACUUCAUGAACACACAUCCGCCGAAGGAUGGCCAACAAGAGCAGGUAUUUCUGGGUGUUCUUUACAUCUUUUAGAGAGCUCAGAGCGCUCAUUUACGCAUGAUGAACGAAGCUAAUGGUAAUCAUAAUGUUGCAAGACGUAGCCAGAUCCAACAGGACCUGAGAAGGUCAAGCGAAGAUGGCAGUUACAUAUUGAAUCAGGAAUCUAAUGGUAAAUCAGCUAUUAGAGGACUUAAGUACCACUAUAAGCCUGUCCAAAGUAGUAAAAUCGCGAAAUCUCCGAGUAAGUUUCAUAAGAGGCUCCAACACAUGGAGAAGAAGAAAGAAAAGUGGAACAAUGCUCUUAAGAGAGAAAAAGAGUACCUCUACGAUGAAGCACUGAGAUUUAAGAAAGAAAAGAACUCUAAAACAACUGAGAACCGUAAAUUAGGAGCCCGUGUCAGGUAUCUUGAGAAGGAAGUUAAGAAGAGAGACUCAAUGAUACAAGAAUUGAUGCAGAAGCCUCUUCAGUAUCCUGCUUAUACCUCUCCGAAUACUCAGUCUAAGCAGACUAUGGAAGCUCUUCAGAGAUCAAUUGAGAGCAAUAUCGUGAUUAACCUGAAGAAGUUGAUAGAAGACCAAAAGUCAGAGAUUAUCUCCAAAGACGAACUCAUCAAAUCUCUGAAAAUGGAUAUGAAAGGGAGCCAUUUUAGGGAAAUCCACGCUGAGAAAUAAAGCUUUUGAGGAAGAAGCAAUCAGACUCAGAGGUAUGAUUGACAACUUCAUCUCCCAGAUCGGUGGAGCAGACCAAGUUCUCAACAUCCGUGCUUAUAUUGACGAUCAGCAGGAGAUGAUCAAUAAUCUCGAAGGGCAGAAAUCAUCCCAAGAGCAGAUUUAUGAAGCGAAGUACGAGGAAUGCUGCAAGCUUGAAAAAUAAGUUGACUCAGGCUGAGCUCGACAAAGAGAAUGCUAGGAAGGACAUUAAACAGCUCAAGAAUGUGCUGCACCAAAAGGACGGUGAGUACCACGACCUGGAGAUUGACAAGAAGAAAACAGUUAAAUCUUACGAAUCAAAAAUUAAAGCUAUUAACAAAGUUCUUACUGACCGAGAGCAGGAGAUCGAUAGGCUCACCAGUGUCUUGGAGGAACGAGAUCAAGAGAUAAGAGGGAACGAGCAACAGAUCAGGCUGCUUGAAACUGAAGUUAGUGACCUUCAGAAGCAGCUGGAGAACAGAGAUAGCAUCAUUUCUGCGAAAGAAUAUGACAUUCAGGACCUGAAGAAUAAAAUCUCACAAUUAGAAAAUGAGCUUCAAGAAACUAUUAAAGGGUAUAAAGAUCAGUUACAAGCUCAAAAAGAUAGGUUUGAGUCAGCCGCAGAUGCUCAGCAAGCUGAGCAUCAGCAGGUUGUCUCUAGUCUCAAGAGUGACCACCAGCAAGCUGAGGCUACUCUGAAAGGACAGAUAAGCUCUCUUGAGGGUCAAAUUGUGGAUAUGGUGAAUGAGAAGAACGACAUUCUCAGCAAAAAUCAAGACUCAGAGGAAAAGUAUAAGAAAGAUAUUAAACAACUUGAAGAUGACAUCGAUGAGUUGCAGGGCAAGCUCAAGGCUUUUCAGCUUGAGAUCAAGAAGAUAGAAGAUAAAAAUCACAAGAUAAAUGAACUUCUUACUCAAGAGUCUAAGAGAUCAAAACAAGUUGAAAAAAAUCUGAAGCAGAAAAUUAAGCAAUUAACCUUGGAACUCCAGAAAAGGCCGCCAGCAGAAGAUUCCGAGCAAAGUUUUGAUAAUGGAGAGUUCAAUGAUAGGACCGGAAUCAAAAGUGAGCUCAAGUCCAAAAUUCUUGGGAAGAAAGAGAGCCCCAGUGAUGGUAAAAACGGAACUGGCAAAAUAGAGUCUCUCUCGAAUAACUCUCAGCACUUGAAGCCAAAGGAGAAAACUGUUAAGAGCCGCAAGAAACAUAGUGACUCGGAAGGAGAUUUAUCUCUGUUUGAAAGAGAUGAUAGGGGCGAGGACCUCCUUGAAAACCAUCUUGGCAGACCUGAAAGAGAGAAGGCCGUACAUAAAGAUUCAGAUGAUGACUACGAUGAAGUGUUUCAUCCUGAACUAUCUGAUAGUGACGAUGAUAGGGUCAUGCCAGUACAGAGAGAGGAGAUAGUCCCAAUGGCAAAGAAGAUUUUGGAGUACUGAAACGAGAAUGAUGUAGAUAUUAUGGAUUUACCAAAUUUCCUUUUUGUUGAUUUCUCAUUGACUGGGAAAGUUUCUGUGGCAACCUUGUCAAAGACUUUAGGGGAUAAAUUUAAUUUUGAUGCCAAAGAAUCUGUCAAAUUGGCAAGGUAUAUGGUAGAGCAGCCUGAAAAUUUCAACAAUAGCGAUGAUGGAGAGAAAGGAGGCUCCAGGUAUGAGUUCAAUCCUGAAAGACAGCUUUCACAUGCAAAGGUUGUAUCGAAGCUGCAGACAGUUAUAAGUUCUCUGACUUAA